AUGUUCUUCAUUUCCAUUCAAAAGAUUCUUCACUAUGUUGAGAAUUUGAAUGCCCAUAGCAAAGAUGGAGAAGACAUAUAUUUUGAUGAAAAUGGAAACCUCCCCUCCAUCUAUGAUGUUGUCAACUGGCAGCUGACCACAGAGGGAGAUAUUCAGUAUGUCAAAGUGGGGAGCUUUGACUACAGCAUGGGUCUGGGGGAAGAUCUCAUUGUUAAUGAGAGUGCCAUCAAAUGGCCAGGGGGAAAAAGAGAGCGCCCCAUCUCAAUAUGUACAACCAGCUGCCUGCCAGGUUCCAGAAAAGCUCCAAUCCGUGGGAGACCAGUGUGCUGCUUUGACUGCAUUCCUUGUUCAGAUGGGGAGAUAAGUAAUGAAACAGAUGCUACAUCAUGCCUGAGAUGUCCAGAUGAUCACUGGUCUAACAAAAGACGUGAUGCAUGUAUUCCCAAGGUGGUUGAAUUUCUGAGUUAUGAAGAACCACUGGGCACCACUCUGGCAUCUCUGUCUGUGUUGACUUCCAUGAUUCCAUCUUUAAUACUUUGUGUUUUCAUGUGGCAUGGUGAUACACCCAUUGUGAAGGCCAAUAACCGACAGCUCAGCUAUGUCUUGCUCUGUGCUCUAACACUUUGCCCACUCUGCUCUCUUAUCUUCAUUGGGAAACCAUCACCUGCCUCUUGCUUACUCCGUCAGACCACAUUUGGCAUUAUAUUUACCUUAAGUGUUUCCUGUGUUCUGGCCAAAACCAUCAUCGUGGUCAUUGCAUUCAAGGCCUCCAAACCUGGCAGUGAAUUACACAAAUGGGUGGGCUCCAAGCUGCCAAUUACAAUUAUAGUUUUCAAUACCCUCAUCCAGGUAGGCAUCUGCUCAGUCUGGCUACUGUGUGCUCCCCCUUUUCCUGAAACCAACAUGAAAGCUCAGGUUGGAAAAAUAAUUUUGGAAUGCAAUGAAGGUUCAACUUUAGCAUUGUGGUGCAUGAUGGGAUACAUGGGCAUCCUUGCCAGUAUUAGCUUUUUGGUUGCCUUUCUUGCACGAAAGCUUCCUGAUAGUUUUAACGAGACAAAGUAUAUCACGUUCAGCAUGCUGCUUUUCGUCAGUGUGUGGCUUUCCUUUGUCCCUGCCUAUCUCAGCACACGAGGCAAGUACAUGGUAGCUGUUGAAAUAUUUGCCAUUCUUUCGUCCAGCGCAGGGCUUCUGGGCUGCUUUUUCUUCCCCAAGUGCUACAUCAUCUUGAUCAAACCUGAGAAGAAUACUCGAGAGUUUAUCAAGGGCAAAAGAUCAUCUUCUGCUAAUAGAGAACUAUAGAAUGUAGAUCGAAUUUAUCACAAUGACCUAGAUCCCAUACAAAUUCUGUUAAACUGAUUAUUGUACUUCUUGUUUAUUUCAAAUAAAUGUGUUAUACAUGGCCUAGAAAAGUAUUUCCUUAUGUAUAUAAUAACAUCCAUAUAAGUAAUGUUC